UUAAUCUCUCUCUGUUUAGAAAUGUAUAUGAUAUAUGAAUGACAUGACAGCAUGGUAAUUAGACAUUUGUCUUCUGCUGUCAUGUUCACGUGCUGCAGCUGCUUCAACUGGUGUUUACUUAGACUUCGUGAGCUGAUCAUAUGAUUGCAGACUGCAGUGCAAAGAGAAUAUCAUAGGCUGGGAAGGAUUAUAGAGAAUAGGGUUUAAAGAGCUGUGGAAUAAAUGUUUCAGUAAUGUAAUGUGAAUUGAUACAGCAAUUUUUGUGUUUGGAUCAGUUAGGCAUCCACGUCAGCAUUCAGUGUGGUUGGGUCAUCCGUGAUUCCCUCAGAUAGAUGUAUAGGUGAUGCUUGGGAACCUCAAAGAGCAAAUGCAAAACUUUCAGUUUGCAUUUCCUCCUAUGUAAGCAGCCAUCACUGAGUUAAACUGAGUUAACUGAGUAGUGUGUAUGAGUAGUGUGGAAACUGGCAGCCUGAGGAUCUUAUCAGAAGACGAUAAGAAAACAGGUUAAAACCUGUGUGAAAUUGACAUCUGGAGAUAUAGAAACAAUUACAUCAUGACUUGACACCAUUUCCUGUAAGUCCUGUUAAACCAAGGCAUUGUAUUUUUAUAACUUUUACCUGGCCCUGUAUGGCAGUGCAGUUCACUGCAUUUAUUAUAUUAUUCACUCUGUACUCUCACGAAGGUUAAACGACCUUGCAUUUGGCCCAGGAGAGAAGACAAUGUAGGCAGAGACACCAUAGAAACGUGGGUCACUCUGUCCUGUUGCCUUGGAUUUAUCAUAAUAAUAUGAAUGCCUGGAUUAGUGCUAGCAAGGAGACUGCCAUUAAGCCUGACUGAUACAAUUAAAUAUUUACUUAUUUUCUCCUAUGUACUCUUUAUAUUUUCGCUCUGAUAUGUGUGUUUAGAGUGUUUUUUUCUUCUGUGUCUUCAUGCACAGAGCUAAUGUAGCUUCACUAAUAGGAAACAGUUUCCAGAACCGUUUUUCCUGUGCCCUUCUUUUUUGUUAACUAUUAACCUAGUUCUGCUUCACGUGGGAUGUUUGAGUGUACUUUGCAAAGUUCUUGUGGUCUAAUCUUACUCCAGGUGGCAUUCUGUCAGGUUUGGAUAGGUGCAUGUUUAUUAGUUGCCCAACUGUUACUCAAAGCCUUGUGUAAAUGUUCUGAGGAGUGGGCAACAAACAACAUCUAAUGAACCACUUUAAUAAAACUUUAAGAAGAUUCGUUAAUAGUAUUUUCAAAUAUUUGUAUUUACAUGGAACAGAAUAGCACGUUUGUUUAAGAAUCUGCUUUAUCAGUGUCUCCCUCACCAUAAUGUCAGAUUACCACUUUGAGUACACAGACUGUGAUGUUCUGGGGUCCAGAUGGAGAGUGGCGAUACCCAACAAGCCUGACACAUGCACAGGCCUCCCUGACCCAGUUAAAGGAACACACUGCACAUUUUCCUGUGAGGAAGGUGAAUAUCUGGACAUGAAGUCACAGGAGUGUCAGAAGUGUGCAGCAGGGACCUACUCCCUGGGUACAGGAGUGGCCUUCGACGAGUGGGACAACUUACCUGCUGGCUUUAUCACCCAUGGCAUCAAUAUGGAUAUAGGAAACAUCUACACUAACUGCACCAACUCAACUUGGACUCCUAAGGGGGACUACAUAUCCUCUAACACAGACGAAUGCAGCUCCACACUGUCGUAUGCUGUAAAUUUGAAACAGCCUGGCUCAGUCACUUUCCAGUACUUCUAUCCUGAUAACAGCAUCUUCUUUGAAUUCUAUGUCCAGAAUGACCAGUGCCAGUCUACUGAUUCUCAGAGUCGCUGGAUGAAGGUUUCUGAAAAUGACUGGGAGUAUCACUAUGUGCAAUUGAAUAGUGGGAACAAUGUUCUAUACUGGAGAACCACUGGGUUCUCUCUGUCUGGUAGUGCUGUUAAACCAGUUCUACUGAAGAACAUUGCUAUCUCAGGGGUUGCAUACACAUCUGAAUGUUUCCAUUGUAAGCCUGGUACCUACAGUGCUGAACAUGGGGCUGCCCACUGCACCCCCUGUCCAGUCAACACCUACUCCAAUAAGGGAGCUACUGCAUGCCAGCAGUGUGAAGAAAAGAAAUAUUCAGGGAUUGGGUCAGCAACAUGUCAGCAGAGGCCACCCUGCACAACCAGCGACUACUUUUACACUCACACUCCUUGUGAUUCCAAAGGACAGACACAGCUGAUGUAUAAAUGGAUUGAACCAAAGAUCUGCAAUGAGAAUGCAGAGGGAGCAGUGAAUCUUCCAGCCUCAGGGAAGAUGCAGACCUGUCCUCCAUGUAAUCCUGGAUUCUUCGCUAACAAUUCUUCAGCUUGCCAACCCUGUCCACAAGGCUCCUACUCCAAUGGAACAGCAUGUUCCGAGUGUCCUGCUGGAACGGAGCCAGUGAUAGGUUUCGAGUAUAAGUGGUGGAACAGGAUGCCCAGCAACAUGAAUAGUUCAGUCUACAGACGAGAGUAUAGCGGCACUCAGAGGAGCACAGGAUGGGAGGUAGCUGGCGAGUACGUUUACACCACGCCUGGAGAUUUGGACUCAGACUACAUGAUGCUAACACUGAAUGUCCCUGGUUAUAGCUUGCCCUACUCCCUGGAUAAAGAUAAUGAGAGGGCAGAACUUUCUAGAAUCACAUUUGUCUUUGAGACCAAGUGCACAGCUGACUGCGCACUUCACUUCAUGACAGGCUUGAGUGAGAGGAACAAUCGUGUGGUGGAGACUUGGAGAGGCACAAUUGGGAAGCAGUCGUAUUCUUACCUAAUUAAGAGCAAUCUCACUGUGAGCUUUACCUGGGGCUUUCAGCGCACUGAUGUCUACAGUAUGGAGAGGCAGUACAGCUCAGACUUCGCUAAGAUCUACUCUAUUCACAUUACUAAUGUCAUAGGAGGAGUGGCCUCUAAGUGUCGACAGUGUGCACUAGAUUCGUCUCGGACAGACUCAGCCUGCGUCUCCUGUCCUCCUGGACACUACAUGCUAAAUGGCACUGGAGUGUGCAGGAGCUGUCCACCAAACACCUUCAUAAGGCCUGAGCAGCCUCUGGGAGAGGAAGCCUGCAUCCCAUGUGGACCUAAUACUAAGAGCAACCAAGCCCGCUCAGCCUGCGUGAGUGACUGCACUCUGGCUAUGCAGUAUAAAGGAGAAACUCUGCAGUAUGAUUUCUCUCCCCUGGCCAGUGUUACUCACUUUCAGAGCAGCCCUCGCUUCACCAACAGAGGUCUUCGUUUUGUUCAUCAGUUUAGUGUGGGGCUGUGUGGCACAGAGGACCGCGUUCUGGCUUCAUGUGUUGAUAAUGUAACGGAGAGCAGGAAGGAGGUGAAUGGUUAUGUCUGCCAGUCAAUCAUAGUACCUACCGAUGUCAGAGUUCAAAGUGUGGUGUCCUCACAGCCCUUUCUUAUUGGAAGCACAUUGAUUGGGGUAACCACUGAUUCCACACUUGAUCACAUCUCAUCUUCUGGGAGUACCUUCCCUGCACAAUCUGAUCUGCCUGAUGUCAUAUUUUACUACCGGGCAAGUGAAACAACGCAGGCAUGUAAAAAUGGCAGAUCAACCUCCAUCAGACUAAGAUGUGAUCCCACAGUGACAGCAAUGGAUCAGAUUUCCUUACCAAGUAACUGUACAGAGGGAACAUGUGAUGGCUGCUCCUUCCACUUCCUGUGGCGUUCUCAGUAUGCCUGUCCUCUCUGUUCUGAGAGGAAUUAUAAAGAGAUAGUGAGUGCCUGUAUCAGUGGGAUUCAGAGGACUACCUAUGUGUGGCAGCAGCCUCUGCAAUGUACAGGUGGAGUGCCUCUGCCAGAUCCACAGAUUAGCACUUGUGUCACUUUGGACUUCUGGCUCAAAUUUGGUGUUUCUGUUGGAUCGGUGGCAGCGAUACUGCUCAUCACCAUCAGCUGCUACUUCUGGAAACGGACACGCAAGCUGGAGUAUAAGUACUCAAAGCUGAUGAAUGCAGAGUCAAAAGAGUGUGAGCUUCCUGCUGCCGACAGUUGUGCCAUUAUGGAGGGAGAAGAUGCAGAGGAUGAUCUCAUCUAUCUCACCAAAAAAUCCUUUUUUACCAAAAUUAAAUCCUUCACCAGAGAGAGAACAUCAGAUGGCUUUGACUCUGUCCCUUUGAAGUCAUCCUCAGGCAUGGAGAUGGAGAUGACCUAGACCUUUAAUGGACAAUGGGAACUGCUCUAUGAAAUCCCGACCCUCUGAAAAUCACUGCUUCUUAUGAUGUCCUCUUUGUAAAUAUAAGAAAGAACCAUCGGCAGAUUGGAGAAAUCCAUAUUUCACAGGGACAGUUCCACCAGCGUUUUGAUUUUUGUUAUUCAAGAUUUUUUAUCGAGUGCAAGCAAUUUGUUUGACCUUCUUUAAUUUUAUGAUACUUUCAUGUCGAUAUAAAUAAAGACUAGAAGCAUUAGAGUCCUGUAAAUUGAUCACAGACAGUCUUUGGGGAAAAAAUGUUUGUCCAGUAGUACAGUUUACAUCAUGUCGGGUCUGUUAAUUUGUGUUCAGUUAAGGUUAGCAGAUUUGCAGAUCUGUUAGCAGAUUUGAUGUCUUUCCUGAGAUACGUUUGCUUCUGCUUUUGUUCUUAUGUUCUUAUAGAAGCAGGAUAAGCUUCUAUGACUUCAUUGUACCCCUAAUAUCUACUGCUUCUAAUGUAAAGACAUUUCACUUGUCUCGAUUGUUUUCUGUACAGAAUGUGAGUUAUAUAAAAAGUAUUUGCUCCAAUUAUGCCUUUUCAGU